AGAGCACAGCCAACGGAUUAUACAUCUCGUGACCUCGCCAAGUCGCCACUGAUUUCUUCCUUUCGAGCAAAAGGCAUGGCCAGCAACAAUCCAUCACCUCCCCAUCGACCAACCACUUGGACAGCAAUGGCUUCUCCCUUCGACCUCCAUGCAUGCACGCGGUGCCGCCGGCCGGUGCACGGGAAAGCACCGAUCACGUUGACAUACUGCGCCGACUAUAUAUCGACGCUGAACAUAGCACGAUCAACAUUUCUAGCAUCUCGUUCCUGGGAGAGUGGGAGUAGCUAAUCGUGUAGCUGUAGAAAUGGCAACCGAGCUUUCGUCUUCUUCGACGGGCCAACACACGGUCGACAUUGGCGCGGCGCCACCCGAGGACGCGCGGCAGACGGCGAUGAGCGGGCCGCUCAACAUCCGUGGCGAGCGGAGGCCGCCGCCGAUGCAGAGGGCCUUCAACAGGCAGGUCUCCCUCGGCAGCGGCGUGACGGUGAUGGGCAUGGACAGAGGGGGGAGGAACGGUGGCGGUAGGGGCCAACGCGCCCUCCCGCGCAGCGGCAGGAGCCUCGGGGUGCUCAACCACGGCGGCGUCCUUGGCCCGGCCGGCGGUGACGGCGCGGCCCGCAGGGGCGACUUCAGCAUGUUCCGGACCAAGUCCACGCUGAGCAAGCAGAACUCGCUGCUGCCGACGAGAAUUAGGGAGUCCGACGCCGAUCUGCCGACGCACGUUGAGGACAUGUCGGCCGGCAGGCCAGCGGAGGACCCGCUCAACAAGAGCGUCCCCGCCGGCCGGUACUUCGCCGCGCUCCGCGGCCCUGAGCUAGACGAAGUCCGCGAUUACGAGGACAUCCUGUUGCCCAAGGACGAGGUGUGGCCGUUCCUGCUGCGGUUCCCGAUCGGUUGCUUCGGUGUGUGCCUCGGGCUCGGCAGCCAGGCCAUUCUGUGGGGCUCGCUGGCGGCGAGCCCGGCGAUGCGCUUCCUCCACGUGACGCCCAUGAUCAACGUCGCGCUGUGGCUGCUCGCGGUCACCGUGCUCGUCGCGACGUCCGUCACCUACGCGCUCAAGUGCGUCUUCUACUUCGAGGCCAUCCGCCGCGAGUACUUCCACCCGGUCCGCGUCAACUUCUUCUUCGCGCCGUGGAUCGCGGCCAUGUUCCUCACCAUCGGCCUGCCCCGCGCCUACGCGCCCGGGCGGCCGCACCCGGCCGUGUGGUGCGCGUUCGUCGUGCCUCUGUUCGCGCUCGAGCUCAAGAUAUACGGGCAGUGGCUGUCCGGCGGCAAGCGGAGGCUGUGCAAGAUGGCCAACCCAUCGUCCCAUCUCUCGGUGGUGGGAAACUUUGUCGGGGCCAUCCUGGCGGCGAGGGUCGGGUGGACGGAGGCCGGCAAGUUCCUCUGGGCCAUCGGGGUCGCGCACUACAUCGUCGUGUUCGUGACGCUGUACCAGCGGCUACCCACCAACGAGGCGCUCCCCAAGGAGCUGCACCCGGUGUACUCCAUGUUCAUCGCCACGCCGUCGGCCGCGAGCCUCGCCUGGGCCGCCAUAUACGGCAGCUUCGACGCCGUGGCGCGCACCUUCUUCUUCAUGGCGAUCUUCUUGUACAUGUCCCUUGUCGUGCGUAUCAACUUCUUCCGCGGGUUCCGGUUCUCCCUCGCAUGGUGGUCGUACACGUUCCCCAUGACCACGGCGUCGCUCGCCACCGUCAAGUACGCCGAGGCUGUGCCGUGCUUCACGAGCAGGGCCCUCGCGCUGAGCCUCUCCCUCAUGUCGACGACGAUGGUGUCGCUGCUGCUGGUGUCGACGCUCCUGCACGCGUUCGUCUGGCGGUCGCUCUUCCCCAACGACCUGGCCAUCGCCAUUACCAAGGACCGGCAGAACGGCCCGGUGAAGCCGAACGGCAGAGGGAGGAAGGCCAGCAAGAGGGUGCACGACAUCAAGAGGUGGGCCAAGCAGGCGCCCCUCUCGCUCGUGUCUUCCAUCACCAAGAGCAACUCGGCGGACAAGGAGGAAGAGGAGAAAACAGAAUAGGAAUUGUUAAUGACGCUCGUUACCGGCAGUUGGAGCAUAUAGGCCAUGUUUUGAGUGUAUACUAGUAAGGUAUCCGUGCGUUGCUACGGUAUAUAUAUUUCGAACGUGUGUUUUAUUA